AUGAAUUACAACAUACAGAGACUUUCCAAUCACCUGAGCGGCACAUAUCGCAGCGCACCGGCCCAUGUGCUCUUUGGAUUAAAUUCUAAAGGAAUAUCCAGGGAUAUAAGCUGUAGGUAUCUUGCUGUUUUCCGCAGCGGCUCUCCAGGAGUUCAUAGACACGUUAGAACGCUUAUCAGCAAUGAAACACCGUUUUCAACUUCAAUAUCAAGCAAUACACGGAACUAUGUGUUUCUAUCGCUACAUCCAGGAUCGUCUUCUAUUAACAGAAGCCUACGCAGAGCAUUCUCAUCAAAUUCAGAUAAAGAUUUGACAAAAAAGAAGAAUUUUGAAAAAGUUAUAGAGCUUCUAUGGCCUAGUGACUCGGAAUCCAAGAGACGUAUAUUAAUUAGUAUGUUAUUUUUAAUAUCGUCCAAGUUAUCUGUGAUUGGAAUCCCUCUAUUUCUCUCGGCUCUGAUCAACUCGGUAUGUAACAAACCAUCGGAUAACCUUUCUGCGCUGAAUGCUUCAUGGUUGGAAGGCUUGGUUAGUUCCGAGUUAUUACUGCCUCAGCUCUAUCUGUCUGGUUAUAUCCUGUCUCGCAUAUCGUCUUCUUUAUUCAGCGAACUUAGAAAUGCCUUGUUUAGCACCGUUACAGAGAAGACAGGCAGGGUAAAUGCCUCCAAGAUGUUCAUGAAAAUACACUGUCUUGAUAUUGACUUUCUAUUGGAAUCAAAGUCUGGAGAAAUAUCAGCUAUAUUUUCCCGUGGAAUCAAGGCUAUUUCUCAAAUAUUACGCAUAAUUGUAUUCCAGGUUGUUCCUACAACGUUGGAGUUUACCUUGGUUACUGCUUUGUUAUGCUACAAGGUUGGCCCCGUUGUAGCCACAGUUACUGCACUUACAAUGAUAUUAUAUAUACUAUUCACUGCCUUGGUUACUAAGAAACGUAUGGUUAUUCGUAAAAAUAUGGUUAGUGCUGAUCAAAAGGCAUCAGGACUUUUUGUGGAUUCUAUCACAAACGCCGAAGCCGUGAGAUACUACAACUCAGAAAUGCGUGAGUUAUCUAGAUACGCUGCACAACAGGCAGACUAUGAAACCCAUGCAGUAAACGUGCAAAAAUCACUAGCAGCACUCAAUUUUGGCCAGCAGUUUAUAUUCAACACUGGUCUGUUUCUAUCAUUAUGGCUAACAUUGUCUCGCAUUGUUUCUGGUUCUGCAGAUUUUGGCAGUUUAGUGCUAGUGAAUACUUUGCUAUUUCAAUUGGCAAUACCGCUCAAUAUGAUAGGUACUAUGUACCGUGAAAUCAAGCUAAGCUUUAUAGACAUUCAAAAGUUUCUUGAGUUGUUGAGUAUACAGCCAAGAGUUUACGAUAUGCCAGGUGCUGCAGACCUGGUCGUAAAGGAUGGUAAAAUAGAGUUUCGUAAUGUAGAUUACUAUUAUCCCACUUCAAACAACGCGGCUGAUUGCCAUAAAAUCUUGGAUGAUUUUUGCUUUACUGCUCAUCCCGGCAAAACUGUUGCUAUUGUUGGAAACUCGGGGUCUGGCAAGAGUACAAUAUGCAAAAUGCUCUUUAGAUUCUAUGAUCCUACUGCUGGAAGCAUUUUUAUAGAUGGUCAAGAUAUUAAAACAUGUACUUUAAAGAGUCUAAGGUCAUCACUCGGUAUCGUCCCACAAGAAGUUGUCCUUUUUAACGAUUCCAUUGCGUUCAACAUAAUGUAUGGAAAAUUUGAUGCUACCGUGGAAGAAGUAGAGAGUGCAGCAAAACUUGCUGGGAUACAUGACACUAUAAUGGGUUUUGCAGAUGGAUAUGAUACCAUUGUGGGAGAACGUGGUAUGAAACUAAGUGGAGGAGAAAAGCAGCGUAUUGGAAUCGCAAGAUGUCUCCUUAAGGAUCCUAAAAUUUUGGUAUUCGAUGAAGCUACCAGUUCACUUGACUUUUACACAGAGAGCAAGAUUAUUCGGACAUUCAAGCAGCUCUCAGCGGACAAGACAACAAUAAUAAUUGCACAUCGACUAUCAUCUAUGCUUUUUGCAGAUGAGAUUGUUAUAUUUAGUAAUGGAAAAAUUGUGGAGAAGGGUUCACCCAUGGAGUUGAUGCAGUCAAAGAGUGGUUAUUUGCGAAAUGUUAUAGAUUCACAAAACUUGCGUCAGAAGUCUGAGUAG